UAUCAAUUACCAUUAAAUAUAUUUUCCAUUUAUAGAUACAUUUUUUUACGAUUUGAGUGUCUACUGACAUACACUAUUCUGAUUAAUAUUAUCUCUUAUCUUUUACACACUUCAAAAGUUAGAGUGUUAUGACAUUGUGUGGUAUUCACCUGGUGUGUUUGCCCACUUAACAAGUAUUUUUUUUUAAUCCGUGAUCAUGGAGAAUAACCGAAAAGUUGAUUUAAAUGAACCUGGAAGUGAUGAUUUUAAAUUAUAUAAAUACAGAUGGGUUGUUUUGUUUAUAUUCUGUUUUUAUUCGUGCAUGAAUUUUGCGCAAUAUCUUCAAUUUAGUAUUAUCACCAAUAUUGUAAAACGUUAUUAUGAUUUAGAAACGUUUGAUGUUAGUUGGACUUCUUUGGUAUUCAUGAUUGGUUACAUAGUUUUAUUCAUCCCAGUUAGUUAUUUAAUGGAAAAAUAUGAUUUACGAAAAAUCUCUUUGGGCAUCUCAUUCUUAACCACCGUAGGGACGUUAAUCAAACUAUUUUCAAUUCACCAAGACAAAUAUUACGUAGUUUUAAUAGGGCAAACAUUUUGUGCUAUCGGACAAGUUUUUAUGAUGAGUAUUCCAUCGAAAUUAGCAGCUGUUUGGUUUGGAAAAGAUGAAGUCUCAACAGCUACAGCUUUUGCUGUUGUUGGCACACAAUUAGGGGUUGCUAUUGGUUGUUUUGUACCACCUAAAGUGGUUGCAAACCAUGAUGAUCUCGAAGAAGUUGGUGAUGAAUUAUACCAAUUGGUGUUGUAUAAUUUAAUUGUAACGUUGGUUUCUUUUGCAUUAACAAUUAUGUUUUUCAGGGCUAAACCCUAUACACCACCAAAUCAAAUUCAAUUUAUGGCUUCUACAAAUCCAAUAAAAUUAGAUUAUUUUAAGUCACUCAAAAACAUAUUCACCAAUCGCGACUUUUUAUUUCUUAUAAUCGCAAUUGGACUUAGUAAUGGAAUUUGGAAUACUUUUGGAAUAGAGUUUAAUACUAUUUAUUUAAAUUAUUUUCCGGAAGGUGAAGAAGAUGCUGGAUUAAUAGCUUUGGUAGCUAUUUUAGUUGGUGGUGUUGGUGGAAGUAUCAUUUUUGGUGUAAUUUUAGAUAAAACUCACAGAUUCAAAUUAACAACGUUUACAAUUAUCUUUUUGGGAUCCUUGUUUUUCUUGGGGGCAGCUUUUUUGUUAGAGGAGCAACAAGAAACGAGUGUAUUUGUCAUUAUAGUCUUAUUUGGAUUUUUCAUUUCUGGAUCUUUAGCGGUUGGCUUCGAAUACGCAAUGGAACUAACUUAUCCAGAACCCGAAUCUAUCACAUUGGCAUCUCUAAACGCAAUAAUUUUGGCAUUCGGUUUAAUUUUUGUUGUUAUAGUAGACGGGUUAAUCGGUGCAAUCGGUUUUCUUUGGACAAACAUCACAAUAGCAAUUGUAUUAACAUUAUGUUCAUUUUCAACAUUGUUUAUAUCAAAUAAUCUUCGAAGAUUAAAUGUUAAUAAUGGAAUUUCAAAUUAAAUAAAUGUAUAUUUUAAACUCUCAAUACACGCAAGCAAUUCUUCGUCUUUUAUUGGCACAAUGCAAAAAACAAUUCUAAUAAAUUUUAAUAUUUGUGAACUGUUGUGCGUCUGAAAAUGCUAAAACUAAAACUAGAUUUGGAAAGUUUCGGGUUUAGCCGUGCGUCUUCAGACGUUUCGACUUUUGUUUUCUAAAAUACUUUAAAGAAUAUUAUUUCCCGGGAUGAUUGACAUUUGUAAACAAUACUAACCUUACCUAACAUUCCUUCACGGUAUAAUUAACAUUACAAAAGAAAAGUAACCUUACAUAAUAUUCCUUCACGGUUUAAUUGGCAUUGCAAAACAAAACUAACCUUACGCAACAUUCUUUCCGAGGAUGAUUGACAUUUGUAAACAAAACUAACCCCAGUCAACAUUCUAUCUGAAACUGGUCAUCAUAUUGCAGCUUUAUCAAAUAAACUGCAGAAUUGAACUGUUGAUCAGGUGUAGUGUCUGAUCUAGCUUCUAGUUAUAUGUUAGUUUUAGUGCUAGUUCUAACUUUCUUGUAUAUUUUUAUUGAACAAAAACUAGAACUAAUACUAGACUUAGAAAGUAUCCGGUUUGGCCGUGCGUCUGAAGAAUGUUUCUAGUUCUAGUGUCAGUUGUAGUUUUACACUAUCACUGGAACUAACACAAGACCUAGAACUAGAAUCAUUCGGGUUUAGCAGUCUUGAGAGACGCAGGGCUAAACCCGAAUGUUUCUAGGUCUAGCAUUAAUUCUAGAUUUGUGAUUCACCGCUAGAUUGUUGUAUAUUUGUAUUGAACUAAAAGUAACACUAAACACUAAACCUACAACUAGAAUCAACGCGUGUGACUAUGUAAUCUUGUGUAUUGGAAGGUUAAGUUAUUAAAAGAUAAUUAUAAGAAAAACAAAAUCAAAUUGGGAAUAAGAUGGCCAAUUAAGGCCAUCGACUUUAUUUACACAAAUGUGUUUUACAAAACUGAUGCGUUGAAAUAAAACUGUACAAUGUGCGCGGACGCUACAAAACAGAACGGUUCGAAACCGGCUCGAACAUGUUUUGUGGUAGUGGUGACCAAUCGCACGCCCGACGCAAAAGAACGUCAACGUUAAUUUAUGAUUUUGGUGCUUGAAAGAUGAGAUUAUAACCGAUGAAGUACGAGAAUCGCUUGAUAGCGUCUCUACCUUACUCACUAGUAACAAAAUAAAAUUAAAA